AUGGUCGUUUGCCGGUCCUACACGGAAAAAUUUCCUGAUCCGAGCAAUCAUCCGGUUACGGUUGCCUUGUUUGCUGUGCUUUACACAUUCGUGUUUGUGAUCAGUUUUGCAGGCAAUCUAGGUAGCCCGUUGCGUAAAGUGAAUGCUAUCCGAAUCACAAUCCUCCUCUGGAUCAUCUCCAUUCUCGUCACUCUUCCCUACGUGUACCAUAUGAAAAUGAGAAAGUAUCCUUCAAUAAAUGUUUGUGGAGAAUUUUGCACGGAAAAAUGGCCAAAUGUUCAUUCAAAACGGAUCUAUACGCUCUUUGUACUCGCCAUACAGUUUGUCAUUCCGUUUACCAUAAUGACAAUCUGCUAUCAAGCAGUAUUUUCGUUUCUUCGACGUCGAGCGAAAUCUCGUCUCACUUCAAUCGCUCAACAAGCAAACCUUCUUUAUGUGGUUGCCGCAACUGCAGGAGGAGACACUCAACAACACAAAGAGCAGUUGACACAUUUGAUCGAGCAGAAGCGACGAGUAAUGCAGCAACGGCGCCGAGUCACACUGAUCUUGGUGUCGAUGGUGGUGAUCUUUGGUAUCACCUCACUGCCACACAACAUCGUCAGCACUCUGAUGGAAUUCACCGACAGUCAUGAUCUGCUCGCCUACAACGGCAACGACUACACCUACCUCUUGAACCUCAUCACACACUUUCUGGCAAUGCUCUCAUGUGUUGCUAACCCGAUGCUGUACGCCUUUUUGAAUCCGGAGUUCCGUGACCUGGUACUGAAUGGAUUGGCCGGUCUCAAAUGGACACCACGAUUCGUUCAGAUCGACAAUUGGCAAGCGCCCACCCAGACUACGGUAGUGUGA